AUGCGGGGUGGAGCCCCGCCCCCUUCACCUCCUCCCCUCACCCCCUCCCUGCUGCCGCGUCACGACAGAAGUCACCUCGUUCACUCUCAUCUCACUCGCACCCCUCACCACUCACCUCGUCACGUCGUCACCACCCCUCACCCCUCACCACUCACAUCGUCACCACCCCUCACCACUAAUCACCUCAAGCUACCACUCACCACUCACAUCGUCACCUCGUCACCACCCCUCACCACUCACAUCGUCACCACCCCUCACCACUCACAUCGUCACCACCCCUCACCACUAAUCACCUCAAGCUACCACUCACCACUCACAUCGUCACGUCGUCACCACCCCUCACCACUACUCACCUCGUCACUACAAGCUACUCACCUCGUCACCACCCCUCACCACUACUCACCUCAAGCUACCCCUCACCACUCACCUCGUCACCACCACUACUCACCUCGUCACCACCACUACUCACCUCGUCACCACAAGCUACUCACCUCGUCACCACAAGCUACUCACCUCGUCACUACAAGCUACCCCUCACUACUAUUCACCUCAAGCUACCCCUCACCACUACUCACCUCGUCACCACAAGCUACUCGCCUCAUCAGCUCAAGCUACUCACCUCGUCACCACAAGCUACUCACCUCGUCACCACCCCUCACCCCAUCACCACAAGCUACUCCACACUACUACUCACCUCGUCACCACAACUACUCACCACUCACCUCAUCACCACCCCUCACCACCACUACUCACCACUACUCACCUCGUCACCACAAGCUACUCCACACGACAUCGAAUUGCUACUCACCUCCUUACUACGAAAUAUUCUUCACCGGUUACAACAAGAUAACACGCGCUGACAACCUCCACUACCCCGCCAGUCACCAUCACGGCGAGUGCCCAUUGACAGGUCACGACGGCGCCCUGCCUCCUCGUUACACACACCACCUCGUUACACACACACCUCGUUACCUCCUCGUUACAUACACACACAUCGUUACCUCCUCGUUACACACACACACCUCGUUACCUCCUCGUUACAUACACACACCUCGUUACACACACCUCGUUACACACACACCUCGUUACACACGCCACCUCGUGACACACACACCUCGUGACACACACACACACACCUCGUGACACACACACACACACCUCGUCACUUUACGCCUCCACUGCCCGCGACUGCAGCGACGUUGCGCGCGACUCGCCACUCUCAAGUUGGUCGCUGCGCGCAAUCGGC